AAUCAAAUGUCUAAUCGUGGGCAGAGCAGCAGCUGAGAGUCCAGAAGAGCAGGGAAGGCUAGGCUUGACAGUCUCAACUCUCCUCUUGUGUGCGCAAACUUGAGGGGGAAAGUGAGAAGAGGGCCUUUUUGGGUACUGUGGAGUCGUGACGUGAAUUGUGAAGAUGGGAAUGGAAGAUACUGCCCCUUAAGAAUUGGAGUUUGUGUUGAAGUUGGGAAGAAGGUGGCACAGAAGACAAAAUAUCCAAAGCACAGAAAUCAUGGGAGCUGAAGAAGAAAUGCUCAUCACCCUGUCUGGAGGUGCCCCUUGGGGCUUCCGGCUACAGGGAGGCUCUGAGCAGAAAAGACCCCUUCAGGUGUCAAAGAUCCGGAAGAGAAGCAAAGCAUGCCGUGGAGGCCUGUGGGAAAAUGAUGUGCUAGUAUCCAUCAACGGGAAAUCAUGUGCUGGCCUCUCCCAUGCUACUGCCAUGCAGAUCAUCGACUCUUCCAACGGCAUGCUCAACAUCCGUGUGAAAAGAAUAGUUGGUGGUGACCAGACGGGCCCCCGGCUCCAGCGCUCCCCUUCCCCAGGGCAGCGAGUGCUCUCCCCGCCAUCCCCGCUCAGCCCUCCGGCGCAGCUGCUCAGCCCCGAGCCAGCGGGAGCCCUGGCCCCAGCACAGCCCCAGCAGCCGCGGAGGCCGCAGAGGCACCUGGAGAGCCUGACCUCCCCCCCGGACAGUGAAGCCUACUACGGCGAGACUGACAGCGACGCUGACAACGUGGCUCAGGAGAAGCAGCGCCGGGCCCGCAAGAAGAGCCCGCGCUCCCCACCGGACAGCACCACCAGCAAGGCGGAGGGGCCUCAGGACGAGGUGUCCCUGUCCGAGCAGAGCGGCUAUGAGAGCACCCCAGAGGCUGCCGUGCAGGAGGGAGCCGAGGCGGACGGCUCCAGCGGGGUGGCCAAGAGGGAGAUUGCCUAUUCGCCCGGCAGCCGCGCGGACACCCCCUUCUCGGACAGCGAGGGGCAGCUGCAGCCGCCCUCACUGGAGGGACAGGAGCUUUCUCCAGAGGCCCUGCUGCUGCCUCACGCCACCAAGGCUAUCCGAGCGGAGCGCCAUCUCAUCCCCAUGGUGGGACCUGUUGAGCACCCCGUCGACGAAGACCUAACCACCACGUAUGCGGAGAAAGCCAAGCAGGCCAAGCUCCACCGCCGUGAGAGCACCCAGGAGAAGAAUGUGAAAGAAGCCAAAACCAAGUGCAGAACCAUUGCAUCCCUGCUGACGGAUGCACCCAACCCCCACUCCAAGGGGGUGCUGAUGUUCAAGAAGCGCAGGCAGAGGGCUAAGAAGUAUACGUUGGUCAGCUUUGGGAGCGUCGACGAAGACCGCUGCUACGAGGAGGAAGACGGAGUUUUUCCAACUAGUGAGUCUGAAUUUGAUGAGGAAGGUUUCUCCGAUGCCCGAAGCUUAACUAAUCACUCAGACUGGGACAACACCUACCUGGACAUUGAAAAGUCCAAGUCGGACUCUGAGCAGAAGGAAGAGAAGCAGAAAGGUUUGAGCGAGGCCUCAGGAAAAGGAGCACGAUUAUUUGAGCAGCAGAGGGAGCGGGCUGGGAAGUACACAGUGGAGCGACUUCCUGUGCAGAAGAGCCCCCAGCCUGCCCCCGCUGCCCAGCCGCAGCAGGGCAUGGUGAAUGGAGACAUGCCGGUGCCACAGCGAGCAGAGAGCGUGCCCCUCAGCAUCCACCUGGAAGGUGUGCAAGUGCCUGGCAAGCAGCCAGCCACACUCCCUGCUCAGGGCCUGCCUGCCCUCAGCCCCACUGCCUUUCCACCGCCCCCAGGCACCCCCGACCCAUUCUCUGCAAGCAGUGCGAGUAUGUUCAACAGGUCUGCGCGGCCCUUUACUCCCGGCUUCUCUGGCCAGCGCCCGGUAACAUCCUCUGUUACCUUCAAGCCAUCUGCACCCAAAAAACCUAGUGAAAGCCUGGGAGGGCAAAGUACGGUGGUUCCCCCUUUCUCGCCUCUGCCUCCAGGAGCACCUGCCAGUGCAUCAGUUCCAGUGCACCGCGGUGCAGUCAGCUCCUCCACAUCCCUGUAUAUUCCUGCCCCAGGAAGGCCAGCCCCACUGCUGGAGCUGCAGCCAGGAGGGGCAGGAAGUGCUCCAGAGACUAAGCCUUCUGCCAGCACUGCCCGGACAUCCACUGCCUCCAUAUUUCUGUCUUCUCCCUUGAAGCCAGGAGGAGAGGCAGGCUCUGCAGCAUCCCAACCACGAGUUGCUGGAACAGCUUCUUCUUCUUUGUAUAUUAGCCCAGCUCCAUCUCUUCCCACAGGAAGCAGCUCCCCACUGCCAAGGCAGCCAUGUCCUGCCACCUCACCAGCAACACCACGACCUGCUUCUGAGCCCUUAACCUCAAGGGAGCAGAGAAUUGCCGUGCCGGCUCCCCGGACAGGCAUCCUGCAGGAGGCUCGCCGGCGGGGCAACAAGAAACCCAUGUUCAGUCGCAUUGAGGAGAAGAAGAAGAAUUCACCCAACCCCGAACUUCUGUCUCUGGUGCAGAACCUGGAUGAGAAGCCAAAAGGUGACCACCCUGGGGCUGGCUUUGAGUCUGGGCCUGAGGAGGAUUUCCUCAGCUUGGGUGCUGAGGCCUGCAAUUUCAUGCAGUCCUCUGGCCGCAAGUUCAAGACGCCACCUCCGGUGGCUCCAAAGCCACAGCAGCAAGGUGCUGGACUGGUAAAUGGGGCCCAUGAUAUGCCUCAGCUUAAAGGCAAGGGGGCAGAGCUUUUUGCCAAACGCCAGAGCCGCAUGGACAAAUUUGUGGUGGAGACAACCCCGAAGCCAGACUCCAAGCCCAGGACCCCCUCUCCUUCCCCUUCUCUACCCUCAUCCUGGAAAUAUUCACCCAACAUCCGAGCUCCCCCUCCAAUAGCUUACAACCCAAUGCAUUCCCCUUUCUAUCCCCUGGCAGCCAGCAAGUCUCAGGCUAGCAAAGCAGAGAGCAAAGUGAAAAAGGCACCCAGCCAGAAAUCAGGGAUCAAGGUCAUUGAUUUCAUGCGCCACCAGCCCUAUCAGUUAAAGUCAGCCAUGUUCUGUUUUGGGGAGCCCCCAAGCCCCAGCACACAGGAGGCUCCUGGUCAGCCAGGACAGCAUGCCAGCUCAUCCUACACUGCAACCAAGCAGGUCCCUGUGAAAACAGCCAAGACCCAGGAGAUCCGGCGGUUCUCCACCCCAGCUCCCAUGCCAACCUCAAGCAGCCUGGCACCUACUGUGCUUGCGCCCCGCUCAGCCACCACGUUGGAUGAACCGGUGUGGAGGACGGAAAUGGCCUUCUCUGCUCCCACCACACCAGCUCCCUUCCAGGUGGAGCUCAGCCAGUACCCUAAGCCAUACCAGAGCUCCCCGGAGCUCAGUCAGGUGUGCCGAGGGCCUUCCCCAAGCCCAGCCUCAGCUUCUCGGUUUCAGGUGGCCAGGCCCAAGUUCUCGGCAGCCAGAACAGGGAUGCAGGCCAAUGUGUGGAGGCCGAGCUUUGGACACCACUGAGGCAGCUGCUGCUCCCAUCUCAUCCGUGGCCCCGCAGAGAUAGUGCUCGUUUUGACUUUCAUGCUCAAUACAUUGGGGUGAGUGACACAAAAUGAAGAAAAGAGAAAAAAAAAUUACUCCCCUUCUGCACCACCCUCUCCCCUAGCCUCCCCUUAGUCUCAGAUGGGCAGCUUCAUGGCAAGGCUUAGUGGCUGUGGCUAGAGCAGGAGGAAGGACAUGGAAAGAGGGCAUUUGUGUGGUGGGCACAGCCUGGGGACUCGCACACAGCUGCACACACCUUUGGAGGGGGCGAAUGGCAGGGGUGUCUCACACAAGCACAUGUAGGUGGUAGUGCUUUUCCUCUCUGGAGGGCUUUACAGGGAAUAUUGAACCGAUCCUUUCAGUGCUUCUGUGAGGAUGGAGUCACCCCUUGAAUGCAGGAGCUCUGGGGGCAAGAGCCUCGCGAGGAGGAAGGAGCAGAGAGAGGACUUCAGUACAGAAGUUCUAGCUUCCCCAUUAGAGCGUUUUUUGCUGACCUGCCAGUCUGUACACAUGCACUUGUGUGUGCAAACACAAACAUGCACACACACAGAUGCACAGUCAUUAAUGAGUGCAAUGAGAAAGGAGGCUCUGCCUUGGACAUUUCUCUCCAGAUCACCCUUGGGAGGGGCAAAGGAAGGAAGGCAAGAGAGGAGUGCGAGAGGGGGUGUUUGCCCAUUCACACGUGGGCAGCGUGCCCUGCCUAGGAGGAUGGUGAUGUGUGCCCGUUCUUCUGGUCACCAGGGCUGGGGUUGAAAGGGAGAGUCAUCCAAGCUGGUGCCAAAUGCAGCUAUCGAGGCUGGUGGCUGUUUGCUGGAAGAGGGGCACUGAAUAGACUUGGUGGGGCUAUCACAGGCUGGAGGAACCAGAGAAGGAAGCAACCAUGUUUAGACACACAAAGGGCAAAGCUAAGCUCAGGCAGUGGCUGGUUAGCUCCAGGCAGGCCCUGCAGCAUUAGCUCCACUGGAACAGGAUACAGAUGCUGUAAGUGUGAGGGAGGAUUGUGUAGGAGAAAGUAAAGUUGGCUUUAAAAGUAGGCAGGACUGAAUAUGCAUUUGCACAUCAGCUUUUUGUUCAGUUUAAGACAGGAGUGUGGCUAAAUGGGAAACAGGUUACGACAUAAAAACAUCCUGCAAACUCUCCAUUGAGCUGGAAAAUGGAGCCCUUUUACAGAUGGACUCAGCAGGGGAGUGGGGGAUAGGGAAACAGGAAGUCACUAGUGGAAUUUCAUACUAAAUAAUUUAAGUAUCCUCAGGGCUAUUUGGUAAGAACUGAAGUGCUCUGAGAUUCUGGGAGGAUCUGCAUUCAAACACACACACGCAGAGCUCAGUUUGUGGGCAAUGCUGGGAAAAGAGGGCUGGUUAUUCCUAGAAUGUCUCAGGCUAGCCUCAGGCUUCUUCCCUACACUAAAAGCAUGAGACAUGUAAGCAUUCCCUUUCCUAAGGAAGAAUUCAGGAUAUUAGUAGGGUCUGUGCAUAUGUGUGUGCAUGUCGCCUGUGCUCUGGUUUGCACACACCCCUGCCAUUUGCUUUCCUGCCCUUGCUCCCCCUUUUACAGCAGCCACUUUCACAGCGUGAUCCCACAGGUAUAGCAAGAAAGCAUUGCUCCUGAAGCACCGGCUCCCUGGACACAGCAGACACCCCUGGUGUGGGGAAGAGCUUUGCCACCUCUUUCUGGGCAGGUAUGGACCCUCAGGAAUGAGUCCCAGAGCAGGAUGAGGCUCUCAUAGCCCUGCUCAUGAUAUGUCUUCAUCUCAUUAGAUCUGGUCCUUUCCUCCAAGCAGAAUCCAUUCUCUGAAUGGACUGAGCAGAAGCUUUGGAUCUACAAAACUGUGGGUUCUGGGGAAAGAAAAGCAUCCCCAGCUGGCUCUGAUGCCAGGUCUAUAAGCAGUGCGGCCCAUGUGGUUUCACGCUAAGUCCAAGCCAACCUUCCACAAUGCAGCUGGAGCCUACGAUGUGCAGCUCUUCUCACAGAGGCUCAAGGCUUUAGUUUGCCUCUCUUCUUUGUGAGCUGCUAGAGUUUUUGCAUGUGUGCUCUCUCUCAGCAAGAAAGAGAGGGCUGGAGAACCUAGCUACCAACUCUAGCCCUGGACAAGCUUGGGAGAGAGAGAAAGAGAAAAAAGGAAAAGUCCUGCCUUUGAAUACUUCAGUCUAGCUGGGCUUGCUCUAUAGACCUGUGCUCGCAGCACACAUUCCUGGGGGGGCUCUGAAACAAGGGCGAGCAUGCUGGGGAGGGAGGAGGACAACACUCAUGCCUCACUCAGCAGACUAGCAGCCAUGGAAGAGGAUGGAGGGAAAACCUUCAGGAAUGCCCUGAAUUAAUGAGCAAAGGGGUGUCCAAGGCAGGUGAGGUGUUGCACCUGAUUGUAUGACCCAGGAGCAGCCAACCUUAACUGAUGAGGCAAUGGUACAUGCUCCUGGAAAGACCCAGUGAUGAGGUCUUAGGGCAAGUCAUCAUUGCAGUGUUAACUCAGAUCACCAGAAUCUGCUUAGCUCUGGCAGGGGGGAGCAGCCACGCUACAAAACCUGACUUGGACAACCGCAUUCUCACUCAUCCUGUGAUGCCUUGCAUGGCCUGUGCUUCUGGAAGAAAAUCACAUUUGCUGCUGCAAACUGAAUCUCUGUGAUUCUUCCCAAAGAACUGUAGGAGGAGUCAUUUAUUUUUCUAGGAAAACUGUGGGAAGGAACCGAAGGACUAGCAGUGCUCCAAAAGCUUCAUCUCAAGUCUCACUGCAGAGUGCUGGCUAUCCGUCAAUGAUUUUAGCCAGUAGCCUUAGGUGGACCAGCUAGUCCAGACUGAAAGCAUCACUGAACUCAUGUCAAGAGGGGUUGUGUGGACCAGAGAAGAGUGCUCAGGAUAAUUCUGCAGUGAAAAAAUAAUCUGAGAAAGUCUGAAUCUUACUCCGGUAUCUCUGUCCAUCAGGGACAUAAAGAAGGUGAAGUGCUCUCAGGGCCUGAGUGUCUCAGGAACUUCAUUUUGUCACUGGUGAAAAAGGGAGGUCUGGCCUUUGCAUGGGCCUGCAUCCAGUUAGUACUUGGAUGGGCCACUCCAGAUUUCUGGGAUGCAAGCCAAGCAGUUACGGUCAAGCACUGUUGGAUGUUAGAUGGCAGGACUCAGGUGAGUGGAAUACCUGCAUUUGGCCUAUCAUUUCUAAUAACGUAAUGGGCAGAAAAUGAAAAAAAGUUAGGUUUGACUGGAGAAACAAUAUUAAACAUCAGAGCAAGGAAAAGAAUCAGAAGGCUGGGGAUUCUGCAUUUCACUCCUAACAUCCUGGGUUCAAACCCAUGUUUAGAAGCAAAGCCAAAGUAGUUUGAUGGCUCUAAGACUCUCUCAGUCUUUUCUGGAUCCUCUGCUGAGGAUAGAACAGGAUCUGCAGAAGCAGAGGGUGCUGCAGAUAGGACCUACAGUGCUUCUAGAGUAUCCCAAAUAAGGCCUGGGGCUGCAAGUAGCAUGAGAUGAGAACUAACACUGAGACGCAUCUGCUAAACUAUAGGAAAGAAACCUGAGCUAUUGCUGGCCUCAAGCAGCUCUGCUAACAUCUGGUCAUGAAAAUAAUGAGGCUGGCCUGUUAGGAAGGUCACAGGUGAAGUUACAAAGAGGACUUUUGAAGCAUAUAAGCUUGUCUUGAGCCUCCCCAAAUUUCUAAUUCCUCCACUGUUGAACAAACACAGACUUAAGCAGUUCAACAAGUUUUAGCUCCCACCUUGCUAUGCUACAGGCUGCAGUGGUAGGCCAAACCCAGUAUCCCCUUGUUAAGCAUUUAAAGAUGUCUGCAUGGGCUCUGAUUUAAAACUGCUUAUCAUCCCUCCUCUCUAGCACGCUGCAGAUUAUAUGUUGCAGCUAUGGCAGUUCUGGGGGUUUAUCUUGGCUUCAGAAGUGUCAAUUCCUUCCCUCUGUGUCUAUGGGAACACUUGCUAGAGAUAACCUCGAGUUAUGGCAACAGCUGGGAGGAAGAAUCUCAGAAAAGACUAGUGUGAAGAGAAGUCACGGAUCACCAGACGCUAGCACAGUACAGCCCCGGAUUGUUCCUCAGACUGAAUAUGCUUUCUUUCUGCUACAAUAUCCAGCACCCCCUACCAGGCCCUCUUCCUAGAAGAGACUUGUCAGUGCUCUGAAAAUGGGAGCCCAGCAGCAGUGCUGUGUCUGGUGGGAGAUGUGACCCCAGAAGGAGAACAGAGUUGGCCUCUUUGUGUAUGGAAAUAAUUUUGUUUUCCUUUUCUGUUUGUUUGUUUUUUCAAUUUAAAGUCACUUUCUAUUUGUUUGUGCAGAAGAAUAAACUUGUG